AUGAAGUCUCCAAUCACCUCCUUUAUCCUUCUCCUCGCCUCGACAGCGGCCCUCGUCUCCGCCAUCAAACCAGGCGGCAAAGGCCCCAUGAACAUGCCGCGCGAGCGAACGCACAUGUGGCAGCAAGUCGCCUGCAAAUUGGGCCACGGCAACCUCUUUGUCACCCCUUACAAGCUGACGGCCAUCGUCGACGAGGAGGUCAGCAACAUCUGCCACCGCCUCUGGCACAACCUCAAGCGCACCGACAUCGCGUGCGCGCUGCCCAGCAGGACCAUCUGCGAGGACCACGGAGACAAGUCGAUCCAGGAGAAGAAGCUCUACUGGAGCUUCGACGUGUUCACCUCCUGUCCCGCCGCCGCUGUCGACUCGGCCUGGUACGAGAGCACCGGCAACAUUUGGGGCCGGUCGAGGUGCGGCGAGGGGAAGUACGAGUAUGCGGAUCUUCCGGAGUUGCCUUUUCCUUAUAAGAAGGAGCGUCCGACGUUUGGGGAGGCUUAA